UAUUAUUUUUUCUACAUUUAUUUUUCUUAUGUGUGUGACCAAGAAUGUGGUCCAAAUUUUUGGGUCGAUGAAAGAAUAUCUCUAAUAAUAAUGGAUUUGGAUUGAGUACAUUCAAUUUUCAUGCAUUCAACUUUAUGUGGCUUGUAUUUUCAAUUAUUUAUGAAUAUUGAUUAUGUGUGGUUGAUAUUAAGUUGAAUGCAUGAAUGCAUAGGAAAAUGAAUGCAGUCAAUCCCAAUCCAAUACUAAUCUUAAAGACAAGACCUCUGAAUAUUCACAUUUAUUAUUACACUUUCAAACUCACUCGCACUCUCUGCGUCCACUCAACUAUGGCUGCCGCCGCCGCCACCACCACCACCACCACUCCUUCCAGAUCUCCGCUUCACUCUUCAUCUUCUUCUCAUUCAACUUUCCCAAAACGAAACACAACCCUCACAUUCCCUCUUUCUCCCAUUUACAUCAAACCUAUUCACUCUCGUCCCUUCACCAUCCCUACCUCAUGCUCCGCCGCACCACCUUCCACCACCACCACAACCACCACCUCGACCGAGCCUCACAUCUCUCGUUUCUCCCCAACUGAACCCAGAAAAGGCUCCGACAUUCUCGUCGAAGCCUUAGAACGUCAAGGCGUAACGAACGUCUUUGCUUACCCCGGUGGAGCUUCCAUGGAGAUCCACCAAGCUCUAACCCGCUCCAAAACAAUCCGUAACAUACUUCCCCGUCACGAACAAGGUGGAGUUUUCGCCGCUGAAGGUUAUGCUCGUUCCUCCGGUCUCCCUGGUGUCUGCAUAGCCACGUCCGGUCCCGGAGCCACCAACUUAGUCAGCGGCCUUGCCGAUGCUUUAAUGGAUAGCGUCCCUCUCAUCGCCAUCACUGGUCAAGUUCCCCGGAGAAUGAUCGGAACUGAUGCUUUUCAAGAAACCCCAAUUGUUGAAGUAACGAGAUCUAUCACAAAGCAUAACUACCUCAUUCUUGAUGUUGAUGAUAUUCCUAGGGUUGUGCAAGAGGCCUUUUUUAUUGCAACUUCGGGCCGGCCUGGCCCGGUUCUCAUCGAUGUACCUAAAGAUGUUCAACAACAGUUAGCUGUUCCUAAUUGGGGUGAGCCCAUUAAGCUGACUGGGUAUCUUUCUAGGUUACCUAAGAUUCCUAAUGAGGCUCAAUUAGAACAGGUUUUGAGGUUGUUGUUAGAAUCUAAAAAACCGGUUUUAUAUGUUGGUGGUGGUUGUUUGAAUUCGAGUCAGGAAUUAAACCGGUUUGUUGAAUUAACUGGUAUUCCUGUUGCUAGUACUUUAAUGGGACUAGGUAGUUACCCUAUUGAUGGUGAACAUUCCCUUUCAAUGUUGGGUAUGCAUGGGACUGUUUAUGCUAAUUAUGCUGUUGACAAUAGUGAUUUGUUGCUUGCUUUCGGGGUUAGGUUCGAUGAUCGUGUUACUGGGAAGUUAGAGGCUUUUGCUAGUAGGGCUAAGAUUGUUCAUAUAGAUAUUGAUUCAGCUGAGAUUGGUAAGAAUAAGAUUCCACAUUUGUCGAUUUGUGCGGAUAUGAAGGUGGCAUUGGAAGGUCUUAAUAGGGUUUUGGAGAGUAAAGGAAUUAAGGGUAAACUUGAUUUUGAGUCAUGGAGGAAUGAGUUGAAUGCUCAGAAGUUGAAGUUUCCUCUUGGUUUUAAGACGUUUGAGGAUGCGAUUUCCCCGCAGUAUGCUAUUAAGGUGCUUGAUGAGUUGACUAAUGGUGAGGCUAUUGUUAGUACUGGUGUUGGACAACAUCAAAUGUGGGCUGCUCAGUUUUAUAAGUAUAAGAGACCUAGGCAGUGGUUAACUUCUGCUGGACUCGGUGCGAUGGGUUUUGGAUUGCCUGCUGCUAUUGGUGCUGCUGUUGCUAACCCUGAUGCGAUCGUUGUUGAUAUUGAUGGUGAUGGUAGUUUUAUGAUGAAUGUUCAAGAGUUGGCUACUAUAAGAGUGGAGAAUCUUCCAAUUAAGAUUUUGUUGUUGAAUAAUCAACAUUUGGGUAUGGUUGUUCAGUGGGAGGAUAGAUUUUACAAGUCAAAUAGAGCUCAUACUUAUCUUGGUAACCCUUCUAGGGAGGAAGAGAUUUUCCCUAACAUGCUUGGAUUUGCAGAUGCUUGUGGAAUACCGGCUGCUCGUGUGACAAAGAAGGAAGAGCUAAGAGAAGCUAUUCAGAAAAUGUUGGACACUCCUGGUCCUUAUCUUCUUGAUGUCAUUGUACCUCAUCAAGAACAUGUCUUGCCAAUGAUUCCAAGUAAUGGAUCUUUCAAGGAUGUGAUCACUGAAGGUGAUGGCAGAAGGAGUUACUGAUUUCUUUGGCAAAACGAGAUAUGAUAUGUUCCUUCAUGUUUGUUUUGUACAAUAUUAUAAAAGUAUUGCUAUCAUAGUUGCAGGAUUUGACAUCUGUGUAAGCUAUGCAUUGUAGUUUAGUUGUUGUGUUGUAGUAACUUUGGUGGCAUGUGUCUUUGUAGAGUGCCACACCACUUGUUGUACCGUUUUAUUUGCUGUUAGUGAUAUCGAGGUUGAAGUGAUAGAUAGUAAUAACAUUUCUAGUCUUAGAAUUCGAAUAAAAUCUGAUUUCAUUUCGAAAA